AUGGCUCUCCAUAACUUCAUAAGAAUUCAUUCAAUGAUGGAUGUAGAGUUCCAACCAUAUGAUGAUGAUGAAGAGUUACUUCCCCAAACAGAUGAUGGAAGGACUAGUAUGGAAGAGACUAUUGUACAAGAAAAUGUAACCCGUGCACGAGAGAUGGAUGACGAACGCGAGACAAUUGCAAAUCUUCUUAUGUCUAUUUGA